UUUGCAGGUCAGUUUGUGCUUAUUGGUCCGUCUCAGCCAAUAGUGGUGAGAGUUGGUGAUGACGUCAUUUUACCAUGUCACCUGGAACCUGCGGCGGACGUUGCAGCCAUGACGUUGGAGUGGACGAGACCUGACCUGGACCCUGAGUUUGUUUUUGUGUGGCGUGCCGGUCAGGACUUCGUUCAUGCUAAACAUCCAUCGUACCAAGGACGGACGUCAGUGUUCACUGAUGAACUGAAGAGAGGAAACAUUUCACUGAAGCUGUCCAAAGUGAAACCUUCUGACGCUGGAAAAUACCAAUGCUACAUUCCUGACAGGGAAAAAUACUGUUUUGGUGAGCUUGUUGUUGAUGCCGUCUCCUCACCGGUCAUCAGUUUAUCGGGGAUCGACAGA